AUGGCCACAAGAGAAGAUUCAGAAACUGGACACCGUCUUGACCCUGCUCCUAGUGGCGGAUUCGACAUAGACAGCUUCGCUCGUGAUCACUUGCACUGUCCCUCCUGUGGCAAGUACUAUGAUGAUCCUAGGACACUACCUUGUCUGGACAGCUACUGCAGAGAAUGUCUUGAAAAGGAGGCGAGGAAACAGAGAGAGGAAGAUGAGAUAGAGCGCGAGAGAGAAGCAAGAGAAAGGGAGGAAAGUGGGCAAACAGAGGAGGAGGAUCCAAACCAGAAUUUCUCAUGCAGUCUCACUCCUUCCUCCACUGAAGGAUCAACUAAUGAAUACUCUGAGCCUUUGAGCAACACCUUUGACUGUCCUCAAGGCUGUCAGUGUCCCACUGGAAUAAGUUUUAAUGGAGAUGGUGGUGCCAUUGAUCCCAUCCCACCUUCAAAUAAAUUCCUUGACAACAUGGUAAAGGACGUACAACUCAAGAAUGAAUUACCAGCUGGUAAGAUCCUCUGCAAGAGCUGUAAUGAUGGAGAAGUUGCAGUUGCUGUUUGUAACAAUUAUAAAUGUGCCAACCUUCCACUCUGCUCUGAUUGUUUAAUACAUCAUUUGAAAAAUUCCGAAAUAAAAGAACAUCGCAUUGUAGACCCAAAUCCUGAAGACAGAAGUAAAGGACAAAACCAUUUUCCAACAUGGAAAAAUUUCAUUCGACACAACUGGCCUUGCGAUAAUCACCUAGAUCAUCCUGUUGAUCGUUAUUGCUAUGAGCAUAAGCAAGUAAUAUGCCGUGAAUGUGCUGGUGUAUCUAGUGGUCAUCGCGAGUGUGCAAAGAUUGAGCUGGCCAUGGAUGUUAUGGAUAAAGAAAUAGCAAUUAUGACAGAGCUCAUUGAUCAAGUUAAUGACAUACAUAAUAAAAUUGAAAAUGCAAUGAAGGAGAUUGAGACAACGAUAGCAUCCUUACCCCCCAAAAAAGAUAAGGUGCUUCAUGAAAUUUCAGAUUAUUACGGCGGACUUAUUGGCACUCUGGAGCAACAGAAAGAAGAAAUGACCGCUCAGACAUGCCAGAUUUAUGAAACAAAAAUGGCUAACCUCAAAGAGCACCAGGAUGCUCUUAAGCGUAUCUCAUAUACACUUCAAAGGAGCAUUGAUUUCAUUGGAGGGUCUGUGAACAUGGCAAUACCAACAGAGUUCAUGUUCCUUAAGGAGAGCUUUCAUGAGCGUUUGAAUUACCUAAUUGACCGUUACAAGGAUUCUUACAUGCUGCCUUCGGAUCUUAAUGACAGGCUACAUGUCAAGUUUUUGGAUGGUUUUAGACCUCUUGGGCAUGUCGUUUUUUGCUUAGUUUAA